UCUGGCGUGAGGGAGCCAUGGCUGCUGCUGAGAGCCCCGUGAAGGAUCUCUGCGAUGAAGCCACUUGCUCUAUCUGCCUGGAGUAUUUCACGGAUCCAGUGACCAUCGCAGAGUGUGGGCACAAUUUCUGCCGAUCCUGCCUGAGCCAGUGCUGGGGAGGGCGAGCCACACGGCGGGCUUCCUGCCCUCACUGCAGAGAAACAGUCCAGCCAAAGAAUCUCAUCCCCAAUCGGCAGCUGGCUAACUUUGUGGAAAUAACCAAGAAGCUCAGUCUUCGUGGGGAGAAGGAGAGAGUCUGUGAAAAACACCAGGAGCUUCUGAAGCUCUUCUGCAAAGACCACGAAACCCCCAUCUGUGUGGUGUGUGACAGAUCAAAGGAACAUGAACGACACAAAGUGAUCCCCCUCGAGGAGGCUUCUGAGGAGUACAAGGGAUUGAUUUGUAGCCGCCUGAAGAAUCUGAGGAAAGAGAGAGAAGCUAUUCUGACACAUCGAACAGAUGUGGAGGAGAAAAGCCAAGACCUCCUUAAAUUAACAGCAACUGAGAGGCAGAAGACUGUGGAGAAGUUCAGACAACUGCACCAGUUUCUGGAAGAACAAGAAAAGCAACUAUUGAACCAGAUUGAAGAGGCAGAGAAGGACAUUGCAAGGAAAAGGGGUGAGCACCUGGCCAGACUCUCCGGAAAACUCUCCUCUCUUGAAAGGAUCAUUCAGGAGAUGGAAGAGAAGAGUCAGAAGCAAGCAAUUGAACUUCUGCGGGAUGUGAGAGGGACUUUGCAGAGGUAUGAGCAAAGAGAGAGACUGGAGAAUUCAGCUGCUUUCCCUCAAGAGCUGAAGAGGGGGAUCUCGGAAUUCUGUGACAUAAAUCCACUUCUGGAGGGUGUCGUGAAGCAAUUCAAAGAUGCCCAGUUACUCAGACAGCAGCUUUGGAAAGCAAACAUCACUAUGGGUCAAAAAGCAGCAGCUCAUCCCUCUGAGGAUCGUAAACGUGUGAAAUGCGGACACAAAAGUCAAGACCUGUUGAACAAUCCUGAGAGACUCAACGCUCUCCAUUCUGCAAUCCGAUCAAAUGUCACACUGGAUCCAGACACAGCUAAUCGUAUUCUUGCCCUCUCCGAGGAUCGCAAAAGCGUGAGAUUGGGAGCCCCGCGUCAAGACCUGCCUGACAAUCCCGAGAGAUUCGACACAAUUAUUUCUGUGCUGGGGAGAGAGGGACUUGCAGCAGGCAGACAUUUCUGGGAGGUCAUUAUAGAGAGAGAGGGAGAAUGGGCAGUGGGGGUCGCCAGGAAGUCAUUGAGGAGAAAGGGCUCCUUUCACUUAAGUUCCGAGGAAGGGAUCUGGGCUGUGGGGAGGUGGGGAGGAGAAUACAAGGCCUUCGACCCCCCUGAUGUCCCUUUUCUCUUCCCGAGGGGGGAGCUCAAGAGGAUCCGAGUGUUUCUGAAUUAUGAAGCAGGGGAAGUGACUUUUCUCAAUGCUGAUUCAGGAGCCGAACUCUACACUUUCUCAGGAGCCUCAUUCUCUGGAGAGACCCUCCUCCCUUUCUUCUAUCUGUGGGGAGAUAAAACCCACCUCAAAAUUGCCUGAGGAGACAACUGCAUCACACACUCAGGCAGAGUUCCUUUCCAGACCAGAAUGGUUGCUCUAUAAAGCAAACACUUAUUAGCAGUUGGGGAAGGAUUCACUUUGGUCACAAUUAGUAGAAAUAGCAAAAACGGGUUUUGCUUUUUCAUUCCCUUCCCCAGAAUUCCCCACUGUCAUUUAGUUCUUAAGGAGGCCAUUUACACUUCAACAGCCCCCUGAAAUCUAUUCUUUAAAGGGGUUUAGCUUCCGUCACUGUCAGUCCUGGGUUCAAUUUUUGCCUCUCUGCCCACAAAACCGCCACCAGCAAUUUAGAUGCAGACAUUAUUAUACUACUGAAGUUGAUCGCCACAAAAUAAUCCCUCCGACGUUAGCAGUGAAUGCUGAUUGCGUUGUAGACCUCAGGCAGGAGGGAAAUAAAGAGAGGCAAGGCCCCAUCCUCAGCUCAUUUGGUGAACACAGUUUCUCCUGUCCACACUUAACAGAGGUACAUUUCCUUGAAUUC